CGAAUAAAUCGUUUUUUCAUUCUUCUUCUGGAUAUCGUAUUUUUUUCUUCGAUACGAGCUCGAUCGAGUUCAAUCCGACGGCUAGAAAUCGUACGCGUCCUUUUCUUUAUUCAUUAUUCCACCUUAAUCAUCUACAUAUUCCUAUCACAGAUAUUUUCUUAACUAAUGCCUUUAUACUUUGAUUCAUCUUCGACGAGACACUUGGAGGUUAUGUUCAGAUCGAUAAAAUUACACGAAACAUAACGGCUUACAAUUACGCGUUUUUCACGAAAUUCUCUUAAUCCUAGUUGUAGCAGCACUUGAUCUUUAAUCAACGAUCAUCGUAGUUUAUAUUUAAAUCUUCUAAAUUAUCACAAAACGUUAGGACGAUCACCACGCGUUAUUCUUAGGAACGACAAUUGCAUUAACCAAUCCGCUAAGAGGUUACGGUUUAAGGGUCUGGAUUCAUCUGUCACUAGACGAGAGCAGAUAGAUGUCUCUCUCAAUUUUCUCUAGGGAUAUUUACCGCGAAUUGCGCGUGAAUAUAUUUCUUUCGCGUGGAAACGUUGGCUGGACUUUGCCCGAAUUUCAAGAUUGUCCAUCGUGUUGCUCGUGUCAUCGGCGCGUGUGUCAUCGGUGGUGAUUUGCUCGCACGCGUAAAACGGACGGCCGUUUUUGGACGGAACAAGAUUAACUCGAAUCUCGAUAAGAUUAGUCGACGCGAUACGUGAUCGGUCGGCUCGCCUCGAUGGAGAUGUUUUUUUCGCCUCGAUGACGUAACAGCCAAGCUUCCCGCGAUAAAUCUCGAAACGAAAAUUUGCGACGGGGGGACGCGGGAAAUAGACUUAUAAUGUAUAAGUGUAAUGUACAAGUUUCUCGGAUGGAAGUUCACCGGGGGAUUUGGGUUGGAUAUUUUUCGGAGGCGAAAUCUUAUCUGUUCGGUCGAUAAGUCGAGAUAAGAUUCGUCGCCUCGCAUCCUUUCGCGAUUCGAUGAAAUAUCGUGGUUGCUCGAAACCGCUAGAUAACCAUCUAUUUUUGGUGAUUACUUUAACGGGGGGUAGGGAUGCAGACUAUGAACAGGGUAUUGAACGAUAAUUCGAUUUAUAUAAUAGAGUUGAAUUUUCAUUCGUAGUGUCUAUUUGGAUAUUUGAAAUAGAUGGUUUUAUUUUUAGAGGUUAGCGUUCGGCGUUAGUUUGGUUAGCAAUUGUUUUUAUAAUCUUCUUGUGAACGAAAAGACAGUUUUCGGUUAUCGAUCUUUGCUUAUCUCGUUAAUCUAAACUCGUGCAGGCCCACGACGCGAAGAAGUGAUCGAUUGUUGAAAAUAAUAUCUCGAUCGUCUUUCCAUCGAUCUAUUAGGUUAUACAUUUUUACGAGACAUUAUAAAAAUAAAAUCCUCUCUCGAUUUCUUCCUUCCUUCGAGUGUCAAACUGUCAAAUUCGAGAUUCGUUUUUCUCUAUAAAUAAAAAAAUAAAAAGAAGGGAUAGAAUUGUAUAGAUCUUUCGUGGAUAAUAUCAUUUAAAAGAGCUCGCGCAGAAGAUUAAAAGAUUAUAGUUAACAUUCACGGAACAAGCGGAUUAAACGACACUUUACUACCGUGUAACGUAUAAAUUGAUUUUAGAUUGCCUUCUUAAUUCUACGGGGAAAAGGAGAAGAAAAAAAAAACUAUCGAUUGAAAAGAAAAGAAAAACGAAAAAAAACAGAAGUAAACGACAGCUCGUCCAACGCAAUUUGAUUGAUAUUCCUCGCUCGUAUCUGUAAUCGUAUUCCGGACGUUAGCUCGAUAACUCAAAUAACGGAGUCGCGAUGAUUUAACGUAUAAUCGAACGAGAAUAGAAGAGAAUCGAAGCAGGGUCUUUCGUUCUUUUUCAUCCUCCUCCCGUCGUAGCUUCGUAGUUGGCGGUACUGUAUCGGCACUAAUAGUUGUUGCUAAUCUUCCUUCCUUCCCGCAAAAACGGUCGGAAAAAUUAUACGCAUCGAACGUAUAAGGAACGAAAAAUGAAAAAUUAAGAGACGGUAGCGGCCGAUGUUUUAAUCUUAUCGCGAGGCUUUUCGCGUUUAAUCUUAUCGGAUCUCGAGUAUUUUAUUUGCCCCGGACGUGCGUUUAUAAUUUUGGAAGUGUUCGGCCUCUGUCGCCAACUGCAUACGUAUAUACACACACGUAUAUACACUCUCCUCUCAAACUUGGAAACUUUUAUUCCGAUCGAAAGCGAUAAAUUUUUUUCCAACUUAUUCCAAAUUGAUAAAUUUUCAGAUUGACAGUCAGAAAGGGGGGGGAGAGGGAGGAAAUAAUAUUUCGGUUGGAAAAUUUUCCAACAGGAGGGAAGUGUGUUUCCACCUCUCUCCUGGUUUCGGCCAUUUUCCCAUUUGUUCUCGUAUCGGCCGAUCGAGAGGGGUCCCUUCGGUUGCGUCACCGAUGACCUUGAUCAUCGGCCGCGCGCCGCGAUCGAUAAAACGAUUUCGUGCCACUUGAUCGCGGAGCGGGAUCGGUGUCGUUUCGAAACCUCGUUUCGGGUCCGGAGCUUGUCCAAUUAACGCUAGAUCUCUCGCCACGGAGAUCGGUUAUCGGUGAUCGCGGGUGAGUUUCUUUCCCUCCUGUUUAUCGAUCCCUCCACCGGAAGGAAGGAAGGAACAACGGAAAAAAAGAGGAAAAUUUCUCGUGAAAUAAGAAUCCUUGCUCCUCCUCUGAAGGCGGGGUCAAAGACAGACGCGAUUAUCCUUGGAUCGUGAACGAACCGGUGAAGGGAAUCACCUAUGAUCUCCCCUCGGAGGAGAGGCCUGACCAGGACCACCACCAGGCUUCCGGCAGAGGGGCACCUCCGUUCCUGCCACCGUUCCUAAUCCCUCCCUCCCUCCCUCCCUCCCUCCCUUCCUCCCUCCCCCUUAUUCUCCCCUGUUUCUCGCGGCGCCCCCACCUCCUCCUCCUCCUCCUCCUCCUCCUCCCGCUCCAUCCUCCACCAUCCGUCGCCCGUGGACGUCGCUCCCCGGGACGGAGGAGCAGCGCACGCCGGAGGAGGUGAUCGUCGACCCUCCCCCCCCCGUCGAGCAUCCCGCCCCGCGGGACAAAGGACGCGGCAAAGAGUUGAAGAGGAGAAGAAGAGGAUGGACAUGAGCAGCGAGUCGAGCGCGGCCAGGUGGUACGAGCCACCUAGGUCCACCCUGGAGCCGCCCUCGGGGGGUGCAGGAGUCGCGGGAGUCGUUGGAAAUCCGACCGAUUACAGGGGUUACUACCCGCACGCGGGGCCGACCGCCCAUCACCCCGCAGCAGCGGCCGCUCACUAUGCCCACACAAGGAUGUCGAGCAGCGGAGUGGCGAGCGGGCCCGUGAGCCAGGUGUGCCGGCCGCACUUCCACAGCUCGGUGCUGCACCCGUGGCUGUCGGGGAGCGGGGCGGACACGUCGAAGACGCCGUGGGGAUUCCCGACGACGACCGGCUCGGGCGGGAGCGGGGUGGCCGACGACAAGCCCCAGAGCCCCCUGGGAUCCUCCCUGCCGCCGAGCACCGGCAGCCUCUCGAGCCACGGCGGGGCGGGGGCCGGCCACCACCUGUUCUCCUUCCCCCCGACGCCCCCCAAGGACGCCACCCCCGACAGCAUCACCGCGAGCACCACCUCGGCGGGCAACAACAACAGCGGCAACAGCAACAACAACAACAACAACAACACGACCAGCGCCAACAACAACGCCAACAACCCCCUGUCGGGGCUCGGGGGUGGGGCGAGCAGCGAGUACCAGGCGGCGGUUGCCCACGCGGCGGUGAUGGGCGCGUUCAUGCACCACCAGGACGCGCUGGGCGGCGGGGGAGCGGGCUCGUGCGACGUGAAGCCGAGCGUGAUGCUGGCCCAUCACCACGGCGCGCCGUCGCCGCCCCAUCAGCAGCACAACGGGACGGCGAGCGGCGGGAACGGAGGGACAGGGGCGAGUGGAGGCGGCGGGGCGAGCGGGCAGGUGAAGCAGCGCGAAGGUAAUAAUCAGUCGGGCAGCCAACAGGCGAGCACCGCGCAACAGCAGCAGCAGCAGCAGCAGCAGCAGCAGCAACAGCAGCAGCAGCAGCAGCAGCAGCAGGAGGCGGCCGCGUAUCAGGGGAGCAACGUGGGCGGCGGGGGUGGCGGCGGCGGCGGCGGGGGGGCGAGUUCGCCCUCGUGCAGGGAGAGUUACGCGGCUGCGGCCGCCGCCGCCGCCGCCGCCGCGGCCGCGGCCGCGGCUGCCUCCAACACCCACCACGCGACCUCCGGAUCCCAGUACGACCCGGCAACCAGCGCGUAUAACAUGUACCAGCACCUGCAGUAUCCUAGUACCACCCACCACCACCACCAUCACCAUCAUCACGCCGCCUCCUCGUCGUCUUCUUCGUCUUCGUCCCACAAUCCGCACAACGGGGCCGCCGCGGUCUCCGGUAUUUUCGGCCACCACGCGGCGGCGGCCGCGGCCGCCGCCGCUGCAGCCGGGGCCGGGAACGCGGCCGGCGUGGCCGGCGUGAACGUCGACUCGAAGCUGUUGGUCGGCCACGUGCACGCCAACACGCCGAGCUCGCCUUCCGCGCAGCAGCAGCAGCAGCAAAAGCCCAGGAACAAGUCGAGAACGUCCGCCGAGGGCCGCGAAUGCGUGAAUUGCGGCGCGACAUCGACGCCACUGUGGAGACGAGACGGUACCGGUCACUACCUCUGCAACGCUUGCGGCCUCUACUACAAGAUGAACGGGCAGAACCGACCUCUCAUCAAGCCGAAACGACGGCUGUCGCUGCAGAGUGCGGCGAGGCGGGCGGGCACCAGCUGUGCCAACUGCAAGACCGCGACCACCACGCUCUGGCGAAGGAAUCAGGCCGGAGAGCCAGUCUGCAACGCGUGCGGCCUCUACUACAAGCUGCACAACGUGAAUCGGCCGCUCACUAUGAAGAAGGAGGGCAUACAGACGAGGAACAGGAAACUGUCGUCGAAGAGCAAGAAGAAGAAGGCUGGCGGUUGUCUGGGGCUUGGUGGCGUGAUGGGUGAUAUGAUCAAGGCCAGCGGCCACCUCGACCUCGACAACAAACCCUUCCACUCGGGCUUCGGUUCACCCAUGAGUACGUCGCAGCAUCAUCACACGAUGCAUCCAGCGAUGCAGCACUACAUGUAUCACACGGGGGUGGGGGUGGCGGGUGGGCUCCACCAGGGAUUCGCGCCCCCAGCGCCGCCACCGAUCCACCCCCACUCGCACUCGCACUCCCAUUCCCAUCACAUGACGAGUCUUCAGGGUCUCCAGUUGGCAGCCACGACGAACGCGAUGACCGGUUGGCGAUCGGAGUACACAUGAAUCGUGAACGAUCAACAGCUCAGGACGCAGCCCACCACUCUCGUUCUAACGUAGAUCGCGAGACCCGAGCUCUCCUCUCUUUCUCUCUCCGCGAAUUGUAUCGAGAGACGUUCGAGAGGCGCGGUGAAAAGAAACGAAGGAAUACGUGGACGAAAAUCGGACGAGUCGCGAAAUGUUUUUUCUUUCUUUCUCUCUCUUUUUCUCUCUCUUUCGUUUCUUUCUUUCUUUCUUUCGAAUCCGUACCCUUUUCCGUUUUUCGCGAUCUCGAAAUAUCGAAUGUAAAUAUGUAAAGUUUCGCACAAGGUAAGGGCAGUCGAGCCCAGGCCCCAAGUACAAACGAAGUCAAGCUAAAAAUAACUCGUAUCGUGUCUAAUUAGACGUGCUCCUGUAAAUAGACGAACAAUUAUAUAUAUAUAUAUAUAUAUAUAUAUGAUAAUAUAUAUAUAUAUAUCUCUAUAAAAUCGCAAGAGUUUCUAUUAACGUGAGUGCAUGGCGUGAAAUAAAAGAAGAAAAAAAAGAAAAAAAAAUAACGGGGGGUUAUUAACGUUACAACCUCCCCUCCCUUCCCUUCUUUGUCGUGGAUCGCCCCUUCGAAGACGAAUUCUUCUACCGAUGACUGAUGAUGAACGAGCGGGGAUUAAAAUUAUUUAUUCGAGGAUAUAUAUAUAUAUAUACGACGUGUUCAAUUCUGUUCGAAAAGGGUAUGAAACCCUUGGGAACCGGGUCUUCGGAGGCCGAGGUGUAUUAUCUAGUUUGUAAGAGCGUGUAUAUCAUCCAACAUCGUGCGAAACAUCGUGCAAUUUUAAAAAGUCUUUUUAUUAAAAAAAAAAAAAACGCGAAGAAUUUCCCGCGCGAGGGGAAGGACCAUUGGACGCCGAUUUUCAUUCCUUUCUUCCCGAUCCUUCCUUUCGUUCCACGAGGAAAAAAAAAUUCAACGCGAUCGAAUACACAUUUCGCACCGACUGGUUACUCGAAGAGGGAAAUAUGGCGGUCCCCGUGGAACGCGACGCGGUGGCGCCAUCUGCUCGCCGACAAAAUUCAGUAGCGAACAAGGACUUGCUUUGUACGAACGUUUCCAACGCGUCGAUUCUUGAACGAAGAUUCUUCCUCGUGGAACGCGAUCUAGUUCGUCGAUAGUUUACAGCGAUGGAAUAUACCAAUAUCGUUAAACGGAAACCAAUCUCGCACAAUCGCGUUCGACGAGGAGAAAAAUUAAAUAAUCGAUCGAAAGCAUAUUUUCUACGGUUCCAACGAGGCGUGAUGAGUUUUCCCCCCCCUCUCCCUUGGAACGCGAUUGUGGCGCCAUAGCCACUCGUCCACGGUUAAUCUCGCGAUGGAACGCCGUUAAAUGGAAAGCUUUCAAUCGCGUUCGACGCGAGGAGAGAAAAUAGUUGAAACCAUUGAUCGAUCGAAGGAAUAUUUUCCGCUCGUUCCAAGUUCGAAGUGUGGUGAAUUGUGAAUUGUGUCGUCUGCUCCCGUACAAUGCUAUUUCGGUUUAUCCUCCGUGCACGAGAAUCGGCGUCCAGUCGUUCGAGCCAUCGCGUCGUGUGUCGUGUUUAGCGAUAGCGAGCAGCAACGUUAGGUGUAUAAAGCACACGUAGAAAAAAAAAAAAGUCGGUAAAUUAUAUGGAUUUUUGAUCCGGUGAUCCAGAUCGCGGAGUCGAGAAAGUCCCGAGAUUCAGAAUUAGAUAAAAAAAAAAGGAAAAAAAAAAAAGAAACAUGAUCGUUCGUAAAGAAAGAAACCGAAAAAAGAAAAAAAAAAAGGAAAAGAAAAUUGUACACAGGAAGGGGGGGAGAAGAAAAUGGGAAAAUGGGACUGUGGACACGAGAGACGGAGCACUAGGAGACAGAAAUGCCAGAGCGAAAAUACAAAAAAAAAAAGGAAAAAAAAAAAGAAAAAAAAGAAUAAAUAAGUAAACAAAUAAUAAAAUAAAAUAAUAAAAUAGGGUAAAUAAAAUUCGCGGAAUGUAAAUUUUGUAUCUUCGAGAUUGUGUACCGUUAUCAUUGUAAUAAUAGUACAUAUAUAUAUAUAUAUAUAUAUAUAAAUAUUAUAAAUAUAUAAAUAAAAAAAAGUCUAUAUAUAUAUAUAUAAAGAUGAAUAUAAAUAUUAUAAAUAUUAUAAAUAACGAUUAAGAAAGAGAGAGAGAAGACGCGUGUGCGAAUUUGCGUGAAUGUCGCGUAUGUAUGUGUAUCUGUGUGUCUGUGUCUGUGUGUGUGCGUAUUUGCGGGCGCGCGCGCGCGCGCGGUUGGCGAAAAGCAAAAUGAGUCAAAAGGAGAGGGGAGAGGGGAGAGGGGAGGAGUAAAAGUGAUUGUGCAUAAAUUAGCGGUUAAUUGCGCAUCGUAAGAUUUGCAUCUAGAUAGUCGGAGCGCGCGAUGGUAAUUAAAACGAUUUAUCGCGAGCGAGAAAGGUUAAUAGCCGUGAAUGACGAUUAUCAUUAUUAUUCUUAUUACUAUUAUCGUGGUCGCCAAUCGGCCGGUAUCGCCGAUUAUUCAUUAAUCUCUCCUUCUCUAAUUAAUUAAUUAAUUAAUCGCGCGGGCACAUACACACUCGGCACGAGCCGGCCAAGACACGCCGCAAAUUGCGAUCCUUUCUUUUCUCGAUCUUCGCUAAGGCCGCGUUUCCACCACGAAAAAGAGGGGUGGGGGGGGGAGUGGGAAUCCUCCGCCCUCUUCGCGUUCGAAUCGAUCGAUCGAUCGAUCGAUCCCUCGCAUUUCAAAAUUCCCACCAUUCUUUUUAGCAUCUCAUCCCAUUGUUCGUAUUAAUUUUUGCUUUCGGAUACGAAUUUUUUUUUUUUUUUUUUUUUCAAUUUUUAAGACAUCACACCGAACUUUGCAAAACUUUGGAUCGUGUUUCUCGCUCGAUUGCAGCGAGCUUGCAGUUGCUAUCAGGAUUUGGAUUUGGAUUGUAAAAUUUCCAUAUCCUUUUCCACGAGUCAAAUCCGCACGAAAGUAGAUCGAGAAACGACGAUCCAAAUACGAUCCCUGGACGAUAUAUUCCUACUGCUUUUGAAUAUAAAAAAAAAAAAACUCGAAAAAACAGUGUUUCUCAGUGUUUCUCGCCUCGAUAUUUUUAGUACGGUCGGAAAAAAAAAAAGAAAAAAUUUUUGUAACGAGACUACGAGAAGAGAAUAUUAAUCAUUAACACGGAGAGGCACUGGUCUCUGGAAAUGCGAUGGAUCGAACGUUCGCGAAUCUCUUCGAGAUCGGGGCUCGAAGGAAAAUCUGACGGAUGAGAGGUGAUGUUGAGAUUUCGAAGAAAAAAAGAAAUAAAGAAAAGACUGAUGAGGAGGAGGGAGAAAGGAAGGGAUGUUUGUCCGCGAGACGCCGGCCCGCCCCAUUUUCUCGCGAUCGGAUUUACAGUUCAGAGGUAAAGAAGGGAGGACAGGGGGCAGACGAGGGGGCAGGUUAUUCUAAUAAUAAAAAAAAAAAAAAUAGUAUUAUUAGAGAGUAGCGUGUAGAGACUGUAUAAAGAGAGAGGAAAGGGGGGGAGGGGGGGAAUAGAAUACACGAGUGUGUGCACGAAGUAUAGCGAAGGGGAAGAGAAAAAGAGACGAAAGUUGGACGGGAAAGGGUGACAGGACGAAAGCGGACGGAGGCGUGUAAUGGAUGGAAGAUACGAUCCAGGCGCGUGUAUCGGUGGUCACAUCUCGUUGAAGGAAGGAAGGAAGGAAGGAAGGAAGGAAGAGGAUGUCUCGACGGUGGAUUCGACGAAUGUUCGAUCGAUGAUGGGCGUUUCGUGGCGACACUGAUUUUUUUCGUGGACAUGUAUAAAGCGACAUUGUAAGAUAUCGUUGUAAAAAAAGGUUUUAACUUAAAAAUAAAUUAACGAUAAUUCACGCAUAA